AUGUCCGAUAUCCCCCUCUACAGCACCAGAACCACUGGCCCUCCUAAACAGCAACAAUCCACAUCCAAUAACACCCAUGAUGACAACAACCCAGACUCCACCCACGCUGUUCACUCAGGGGAUGUAGAGAUGCAGGAACGCAGUCGGAACCAACGACAACGGUCCACUGUAGCAAGGUCAUCGUCUCUCAACCGCAAUAACAGUAACAACAACAACGACUCUUAUACCCUUCCCUCGUCUUCAAGGACGGUCGACAACACCAGCUCAGACCCCUCUCUCAGCCGAGGCGACAGCACACUUGACAGGUCCUUAUCAACAAACCACAACGGUUCGAGAGACAGAGAUGCACAUCAUCCCACUCAAACAAACAGGAGUAACAAGAGCGCCAAACAUAAUGCCUUAAACUAUAAUUCUUCUGUCUCUCGCUCUUCCGGCACACGAGUUGCAAACCACAUCGACCCCUCGACAGGAGAACGACAGGAGCUGCGAGGUGACAGUACUGGUGGAGGAAUUUCGUCUUUCUUCGGUGGACUGUUUGGAGGAGGAGAAGGAUCUACCAAACGCAAACAACCUGCAUCCAACGCCGCCACCAGUCGAAUCAAGAAUAGGAGUGUGGGUGGACUGCCGGCGAGUGCUUCGGGAAGCAAAAACGAACUGAUCGACCGUUCUCAGCUACAGCACCAUCAUUCAAGCGAGAAGCUGAACGGCUCAGCAUUUGUUCAACAGGAUCCAUUGUUACGGAAGAAGGGCUUGCCUGGAAAGGACGGGCGCCAGCCAGAGACAGACAUGUUCCACUUUGUCGAUACCAUGCUGGAUAUGCCUGUGGACCCCACCUGGAGUCAGGUUACCAUUAAACUGGCCAAGGUCCUGACGGUGAUGUUCGUCUGCUAUUUUGGCCUCAUGGCGCUCUACUUUGGUGCAGAGUUUCAGGCAAUCAACCACACGCAGAACUUUGAAAUCUUGGUCGUGGACCUGGACAACUCGAUUAUCGGAUCCAACUACCUCAACUUCACCAGUCACCUCAACGGCGUUCUGGGACAGCCUCGUUGGGUCAACCACAACGCCACCGUCUAUCCCAACAUGUCGUCCAUUCAAGCCGAUAUCCUCAACGGCCGGUACUGGGGCGCCGUCGUCGUCCAGGCCAACGCCUCGUCCAACCUCUUGUGGUCUACCGCUAACAUCGACGCCAACUAUGACCCCACCAAGGCCUUUGCGUUUAUCUACGAGGGAGGUCGUGAUCCGUUGGUAGUCAAGCCUCAGAUUGUUGCAACCAUGUACACGACCUUUUUGAUGUUCUCCAAGUCUUUUAACCCCGCCUGGGUCAAGCUUGCCAUCGCUUCGUUUAUACAACAAAACACGUCUAUGAGCGCCAUCAUGGAUGCCCCGCAGGUCAUCGGGACCCCUAUUGCCUUUGAGGAGUUUGAUCUCCACCCAAUCACGGCGUCCAUCAUCACUUCGGCCACGUCGGUCGCCUAUAUCUGGAUCUUCUUGAUUGCAGGAGGAAGCACCUACUUGGUCGCCAACAUGGUCCAGCCCAUGACCACAAAGUAUUCGACCGCAAUGACCAUGUUUGCGAUGCUCCUCCCUCUCUUCAUAUUCCUCGUCGCGCUCUCUUUCUGCUACAGUCUUUUGCUCCUGACGUUCGGGGUCCCCUUUGCUGGUGGAGCGCUUCAGUUCCUCUCCCUCUUUGGAGGCAUGCUCCUCCUCCAGUGCGCCGUAGCCUCGAUGGUCCUCUUCCUGAUCUAUUUGAUCCCUGUCGUCUUCAUCCCCGGGUUCACAAUCACCUUUGUGAUCCUUAACGUCAUUGCGGUCUUCAACCCUGCAGAGCUGGUGCCUGUCUUUUACAGAUGGGUCUAUGCGAUGCCGUUCCUGAACGCCGUCCAAAUUGCGCGAUAUGUCCUCAUGGGGUCUUAUAACCGGUUACGGUACAACAUUCCUGUCCUCUCGGCCUGGAUCUUGAUCCCAGUUAUCUUGAUGCCAUUUGCGAUCAGUCGACAGAAACGCGUUGCUCGUGAAAUGGAGCAGGAGGACGAAGAGGAGGGGAUCAUAAAGUCGACUGGAACUCAGCAAAAGGACCGCAAGGUUAUUCAUAUCAAGUCAACAGAAGCAGGAUUAGGAGCGGUAUCAACUGACGAUGAUGACGACGUAGUGAUCCUGGAGCCCAAGAGGAAGAAACAGUACUCGAACAACCACAACAACAAUAACAACAACAACAACAACAACAACAACAACAACAACAACAACAACAACAACAACAACAACAAUACCCGGCAACAGCAACAGCAGAGGUCAUCCUCCCGUCACCGCCAACCUACCCAGCGAGAAGACAUGGACAACUACAGCCUUGAGGAUCAUGACGAGGAGACCUUCUCAUACUAUGACGAGACAACAGUUCCCGGAUCCCAUCGCCCAACCGCGAACCACCGCCCCAGCCCCCCCUCAGAGUCCCGCGUCUUUAACGAAUGGGACCACUGA